AGUAAAAUGGCGACUUGGAAGAGUCUUUCAGAUAUUCUUGGUUUACCUCGUUUUCUUCUUCUUUCACACGCCUUUACUAGUACCAGAAAUAGCUUUUUAUCACCUUUAGGCUGCCUUUCAUCAGUCUAUUGUCGUAGUUUUCACAUGUCUGCACCAGGUGAGUUAUUAGAAUUGUCAAGUCUUUCGCUCUAGUCGUGAAGGUAGCGGCCGAUCGAAAAGUCUGUCUUAUUAGAUAUUAUUUUAAUAGCACCUGAAUUCCCCGAGUUCCGCAAUGUUGACAAAAUGUGUCUUGAUAUUAUUUCGUAGUGGACGGCAAAUAUCAUCACAUCGCCAAAAAGAGAAAGCUCCGGAAGCGGAGAAUGGCUCAAUUGCGUUCCAGAUUCGAGGUAAUGACAAAGCUGUUGUCAGCCAGCCAACAACACUGGACCACUUUAUACAUAAAGACUUUAAAGCAUCGAUUACGAGCACGUAUGCAUGUUUAUUCACGUAGAUGCUCUAUGUCGAAUAUCAUACCAUAAUGUUAUCUGUAAAAUUUGAAAAUCAAAGAACUGUAAAAUUAAUUGUAAUCAAUAUAUAUACUAUUAACUCACCCUUAGAAAAGUUCUUGAUAAGUGUACUGUCUUGCAAGUGUUAUUGAUUGUUUAUAUUUUUUCAUAUUUAAGAGACUGGAUGAAGAAGACAGACCAACUGGAUGUUUGCUCUGUCCCAAGAGAACUGAUGUAGAAAUCAACUAUAAAGUAUGUUGUUAAAUCAACCAUACUAACAGGAAUAACAUAUUAACUAUACUAACAGGAACGCCACUGAAUCAUGGUCAACAGUAACCGGCACAGUACAAAUGACUUAUUGAUGGAAUUAAGCAAAACUAACUACGAGAGAACGACAGGACAACUGAAAAUUUGACUAACAAUAAAUCACUGUUUAACUGUGACAAUAGACAGGUCAAAACGCACCAAUGAUAUUUCGAGUCUGCAUAGCCUAUAACACGGUUUAACUGACAGACGACCAAUAACAUCAUGACUUAACUGACCAAUCAGGUCAACAACCAGAGUUAAAUACCAUCAACUGGCUUGGUACAAAUCACUUUGACUGUGAAGAUGACUACCGCACAGGUUGUCGAAAUGUCAGUCCCUGUCAACAAUGACAGUCCUAUUCAGGACUACGUUUACCCAGACAAUCAUACUCAACCUACUUACGAAAUGACUCCUGGGUUCAAACCUUUCACAGGAAUAAAGAUGUUGAUUGGCCAUAAAAGUAAAGCUUAAAUUCAAACUUUUAAACCAUAUUAUAUGGUUUAAAAGUUAUAAUAAUAUUAUUACAACAUUUGUCUGUCCAAAGAAAUGGCCUCAAUCUCUUCUGUAUCAUUUUACUCUCAAUAUUUUAAAUAAUUUGAAAUGAAAAGAUGUUGAGACCAUUAUUUGUCGUGAGAUGCAGGAUUUUUCAAUAUUGUUUUUCCACAAGUAGCUCCCAAUGGUGGGAUUGUUACAUGUAGCUGUUGGAUUCGUGAGACGUUGAAACUGUUGACACUCUACUUCUCACAUAUCUUAACAGUAACACGAUGCUACAAACUUACUGUAAAAUGUUAAGAGAAUGUCAAAGCUUUUUGAUCGGGGCCAAUUUACCUUCUAAGUCCUUCAAUGUGCCACUGAAUCUCAACAACAGCCCUUAACUAUUAGGAGAUAAGGACGUAAGCUUGUGUAAGUCUGGUUUUCUCAUUCUAGGUUCUGUGAAUGGUCUCAAGGAAAUUCCACCUUUAGAUAUGUGUAAUACUGGGUUAAUAAAUUGUGAAAAGAAACUGUUCUUUAGGUCAAGAGUACAGGUUCAUGUUAACUUUACAUGACCUACACCCUUAUCAGUUUUAAAGAUUAUUGUUUGUUAGGGAAAGGUCUAUGGUUAAGUUGUUGCUUACAGACAGUACAUGGAGGUAAUGUUAUACUUUUAAUACUGGUAAUUUUAAAUUUAUACAGUGAAACCUCAAUAUAACGAGCCUCUAUACACUAAAGUCCUUGAUAUAACAAUUUAUUUUCUUUACCCCAGUAAUAGUCAGGGUUUCCAUGCACCUUGAAAGUCCUUGAAAUUUAAAAUGAAAAUUCAAGGCCUUGAAAGUCCUUGAAAAUUGCAGUCGGUGCUGGAAAGUCGUUGAAUUUCGGUGCUUACUUUAUCCAACCCAGAUCCUGACGUGCCUAAUAUGAAAGACCACCUUCAGCAUAAAAUUGCUCAUGUUGUGGUUAAGAGCUAAAAAAGACAUAGACUGACGGGCCUUUUUUGCACAGAAUGGAGUCCUUGAAAAAUGGGAAAUGUGUCUUUGAAAAGUCCUUGAAUUUUUGGUUCAAAAAGGGUAUGAACCCUGAAUAGUAAAAUUUAUGGAAAAGACCUCAAUAUAUCGAUAUGUCAUUUUUGCCAGUCCCUUGGCACUUCCUAAUAUUCAGGUUCCACUGUAUAUGAUAAAUUUUUAACUGAAAGAAGUGAUUUUUUUUUUUAAAUCAAUCCUUUCUUGCAGAAUGUUCGAUUGUUAUCCCAGUUUGUUUCACCACACACUGGAAGAAUGUAUGGACGAACUUUAACAGGUUAGAGCAGUUGUUCUUAACUUUAAAAUUAACAUUUUAAAACUUUCCCUUUUAGUUAUUGACAAAAUCAGCCCCAGUCAUUUGGUAACUGCUGAGUUGUUUUGCAGGUUUAUGUGAUAAAAAACAGACAGAAAUAUCAAGAGCCAUCAGGAGAGCAAGAGCUAUAGGUAUCGAAAAUACUUUCUUCCAUUUUUAUUAUUUUUAUGAAGUCUAUUUUAUUUUAUUUUAUGGCAGUACCUGGGAUUGCAUCUUUAAAAUCCUUAAUUUUUAGUGAUCAUCAUGAUUUUAUUGUUGUUUUAUGCAUUUCCUUCAGGUUUCAUGCCUGUAACAAUGAAGUACGUGGCUUUUCAUAAUGAUCCCAAGUUAUUCUAGCAGCUUUUUCAGAUGUUCCAGUCAACUGCCUUUGUUUCUAUAUUAAUUUCUGAGUAAUCAAAUUUGUAAAUAAAAGUACUG